GGUGACAGGGAGGUCUCAUCCAUAUCUGGAUACAGGGGGAGUCACACAAGAUAAAAUGGUCCAAUUGGACGAAUUUACCCUCCUUAGUUAACGCACGCGCCAGGGAAGAUCGUGAAGAGCCACUCCCUGAUCCAGAUACAUCGUAUUCACGUGGCUCUCCCUUGCAAGACAAAUCCACCAGUUUCGACAACUGUAUCUCUCCCUCCCAAACGAAGCUGAGAAAAGAAAAGAAGGAGAAGGCGCGGAAAAUCGCCAGGAAAGAAGAAAGUCAAGCAAUCAAAGAGGGAUGCUUUGAUCAACGAGCACACGACCGGGGAACGCCGUCGACUGAAAUGGCCGGAACUUCGAUAAAUGACUUGCCGGACGUUCUCCUGUCGAACAUACUGGCGAUGGUCUCCGACACCCGGACGAGGAACUCGCUGUCUCUUGUAUGCCGGAAAUUCUUGUCUUUGGAGAGGGCCACGCGCUUUUCUCUCUCACUGAGGGGGAACGCUGAAGACCUCUACGGGAUCCCGACGUGCUUCAGAUCUGUAACCCACCUGGACCUCUCGCUUGUCUCGCCGUGGGGACACGUGUUCCUCUUCUCGUUGCCUGAUCCCCAUCUUCUCGCCCACCGCCUCCGCGGCCUCUUUCCAUUAGUCACGUCUCUCACCGUCUAUGUGCGAUCCUCAGCUACCCUUCAGAUUCUCGCCCGUCAAUGGCCAGGAUUGCGCCACGUUAAGCUGGUUAGGUGGCAUCAACGGCCGCAAUCCGUCCCUGGGGAGGACCUUGCCCCUAUUUUCGAACAUUGUCGAUCUCUAUCCACGCUGGAUUUAUCGGAAUUCUACUACUGGAUUGAGGACAUUCCGCCGGUUCUGCUAGCCAAUCCCCUGACAGCUAAAUCAAUUUCGAAGCUAAAUUUGAUGACAACGUCGUUCACUGAUGGUUUCAAAUCGACGGAUAUAGUAACCAUUACCGAGGCUUGCCCCAACCUCAGCCAGCUUCUCAUGGCGUGCACGUUUGAUCCCAGGUAUUUUGGGUUUGUAGGAGAUGAAACUCUGUCCGCUAUAGCUACUAAUUGUCCAAGACUUAGCCUUCUUCACCUUGCGGAUACUUCGACAAUGGCGAGUGUCCAAGGAGACCCCUCCGCCGAUGGUUUCACGCCAGAAGACGCUAGAAUUAGCACAGCUGCUCUAAUUGAGCUAUUCUCCGGGCUGCCAUUGCUAGAGGACUUGCUUCUGGAUGUUGCUAAGAAUGUCCGGGAUAGCGGACCGGCACUAGAGGUUCUGAACACUAGAUGCCGGAAAUUGAGGAGUCUUAAGCUUGGGCAGUUUCAUGGAAUCUGCAUGGCGGUGGGUUCACGGCUCGAUGGGAUUGCACUUUGUCAAGGGCUUGAAUCGCUGUCGGUCAAGAAUUGUGCGGAUUUAACUGAUAUGGGUUUGAUAGAAAUUGGUAGGGGAUGUGUGAGGUUAUCCAAGUUCGAAGUGGAGGGAUGUAAGAAAAUUACAAUGAAGGGUUUGAGGACAAUGGUGAGUUUGCUCAAGAGAACUCUCGUGGACGUCAAAAUUUCAUGCUGUGAUAAUCUUCAUACCAUAGCUUCUUUGCGAGCUCUAGAGCCAAUUCAAGAUCGGAUUCGUCGUGUUCAUGUCGAUUGUGUAUGGGAAGGCUCUGGAGAAGAUUGUGAACUUGGGAACUUCAACCUCGACGAAGUUGAUGAACUUACCAGUUGUUCAACUCAUAGUCUCUUUGAGGGGGAAAACAAUGGCGGAUAUUCAAGGAAGAGGAAGAGAUCCAAGCACUCCACUGAACCUGACUGUUCCUUCUCCAUGGAGAGCAAUGGUAGUGAAUUAUGGAAGAGAUGGGAUCGUUUGGAGUAUCUGUCUCUAUGGAUUGGAGUGGGUGAUUUCCUGAGUCCAUUGCAGUCAGCUGGUUUAGAUGACUGCCCAGUUCUGCAAGAGAUUCAGAUCAAAGUGGAAGGGGACUGUCGGGGACGGCACAAACCAAUGGAUACAUUUGGGUUAAACAUCCUUGGACAAUAUCCUCAGCUAACGAAGAUGAAGUUGGAUUGUAGUGACACAAUAGGCUAUGCGCUAACCUGCCCAUCAGGCCAGAUGGAUCUCACCUUGUGGGAGAGGUUCUUUCUAAAUGGUAUAGGUAGCCUAGGACUUACAGAGCUUGAUUAUUGGCCACCACAGGACAGGAGUUUCAACCAGAGGAGCCUAUCUCAUCCAGCUGCAGGGCUAUUAGCAGAGUGCCUCACUCUGAGGAAGCUAUUUAUACACGGAACAGCUUAUGAACACUUCAUGAAUUUUCUGCUUAAUAUUCCGUAUCUACGAGAUGUACAACUAAGGUUGGAUUACUACCCAGCACCGGAGAAUGAUAUGAGUACAGAGAUGAGAGCUAGGUCUUGCAGUCGCUUUGAAGCUGCACUUAACAGACGCCUAAUCCCUGAUUGACAUCAGCACGUGGCCAGUGCUUGUUCUAGUUAGAAAGCAAUUGUAUGGUUAGUCCUUGUUUUAGGAAUCAAGAUACAUCACUGCUUACUUUGAGAUUAGCUGUGUAUCAUUUUCACUUCAGAUUUAUCACUCUCUGUCAUUUGAGGAACCCAUUAAACUUCGUUCUAAUGCAGAUGUUCCAGGAAUAACAAACUCUUUAGUC